AUGCCGCCAGUCGCAGUGCCCGAUGAGGCACCAAAGAAGCAGCUACGGGUCGCGAUAAUCGGCCAGAGUACGUUCGCCGCGGAAGUUUUCAAACUGCUCCAGAGAGAUGGCCACGAAGUGGUCGGUGUGUUCACGGUUCUGGAUAAAGGCAACAGGGAGGACCCUUUGGCAACAAUCGCUGCUCAAUAUGGCAAACCAGUGUUUAAGUACAAAACUUGGCGUGUUAAAGGAAAAGUCAUACCAGAAGUAUUGGAGGACUAUAAAUCUGUCGGCGCCGACAUAAAUGUGCUGCCAUUCUGCACACAAUUCAUCCCGAUGGAGGUGAUCACGUAUCCGAAAUAUCAGAGCAUCUGCUACCACCCCAGCAUCCUGCCCAGGCACAGAGGGGCCUCCUCCAUUAACUGGACGUUAAUAGAGGGCGACACCACCUGCGGCCUGACCAUCUUCUGGGCCGACGAUGGCCUGGACACCGGGCCCAUACUCCUGCAGAAAAGUUUCCCGGCAACAAUUGACGAUACUGUGGAUACCUUGUACAACAAAUACCUAUAUCCCGAAGGCAUCAAGGCUCUUGCGGAAUCCGUGAACAUGGUGGCAAAUGGCACCGCACCAAAGAUUAAGCAGACAGAAGAGGGCGCAACAUAUGACCCUGCCCUCUUCAAACCAGAAACUCACCAGAUCGAUUGGUCAAAGGGUGGGCUUGCAUUGCACAACUUCAUCCGCGGGCUGGACUCAUCACCUGGAGCGACGACGAGCCUGUCACCUGACGUCGAGCUGAAACUGUACGGCUCGUCCUUAUGGCAAGCGGAGUACGAAACGGCAGGGGAGCCUCUGCUCAUCCCCGGACUAGAACAGCCUGCUAUAGUGCACGAAGCGGGUCUCCUAAUCACCGCCAAUGAUGGUGUUAAGUUAAACGUGAGCAGACUGCGAGUGAACGGUAAAAUGAUCAAUGCGCAGAACUACUUCAAAGCUAACGAGGAGAAGGCCUCGUUGGAACUGACGGCCGAGGAGAAAGAGUUCGUGGAAGCGGUCCGCGGGGUGUGGAAGGCAAUACUCAGUACAGAGGUGGAGCCAGAAACUGAUUUCUUCGCUAGCGGCGCCGGGUCCAUGGACGUCGUUCGAUUGGUGGAAGAAGUCAAGGACUUGGCCGGCAUCGAGCUGCUGAACGAAGACGUGUACAUGAACACGACGUUCGAGGAGUUCUGCCUAGCGGCGGUCUCUCGGGCGAGAGGUGGCGCCGAAAGCGAAGAGGUCACCUACGAGGGCGUCGAGAUGGAAGUGAACAAAAUGCGCAUCAGGUUCCCCACGCAACUCUUCAUCGACGGACGCUUCGUGGACGCAGAGAGCGGGAAGACGCUGCCGUCGGUGAAUCCGGCGGACGAGUCUGUCAUAUGCAAGGUGCAGUGCGCGUCCGCGGCGGACGUGGACAAGGCCGUCAGGGCGGCGAAGGCCGCCUUCGAGGAGGGCGAGUGGUCACGCAUCAGCGCCAGGGAGCGCGGGCAACUGCUGUUCAAGCUGGCCGAUCUGAUGGAGAAGCACAAGGAGGAGCUGGCGACCAUAGAGGCGAUCGACUCCGGCGCCGUGUACACGUUGGCGCUGAAGACCCACGUGGGCAUGUCGAUCGAGACCUGGCGCUACUUCGCGGGCUGGUGCGACAAGAUCCAGGGCGCCACGAUCCCCGUCAGCCACGCGCGCCCCGCCCGCAACCUGGCGCUCACCAAGCGCGAGCCGGUGGGCGUGUGCGCGCUCAUCACCCCCUGGAACUACCCGCUGAUGAUGCUCUCGUGGAAGAUGGCCGCCUGCCUCGCGGCCGGCAACACGGUCGUCAUCAAGCCGGCCGCCGUGUGCCCGUUGACCGCGCUGAAGUUCGCCGAGCUCUGCGCCAAGGCGGGCCUGCCGAAGGGAGUCGUGAACGUGGUCGCCGGAAGCGGUUCGGUGGCCGGCCAGGCUCUAGCCGACCACCCGCUGGUGCGGAAGCUCGGCUUCACCGGAAGCACGCCAGUCGGUAGCACCAUAAUGAAGUCGUGCGCUGUGUCCAACAUGAAGAAAGUGUCGUUAGAGCUGGGCGGAAAAUCACCGCUUGUAAUCUUCGAAGACUGUGAUAUGGAUAAGGCUGUCAGAAAUGGCAUGGCGGCUGUGUUCUUCAACAAAGGCGAGAACUGCAUAGCAGCCGGCCGACUCUUCGUCGAGGAAACCAUUCAUGAUGAGUUCCUAAGGCGCGUUGUGGAGGAGACAAAGAAAAUUUCCAUCGGCGAUCCCCUUAACAGAGGCACUUCGCAUGGGCCCCAGAACCACAAGGCACACUUGGACAAACUCGUUGAGUUCUGCGAACGUGGCGUGGCGGAGGGCGCACGUCUGGUGAUUGGCGGCUCCCGCCUGCCGCGCCCCGGCUACUUCUUCGCGCCCACCGUAUUCACGGACGUGGCCGACGACAUGUUCAUUGCGCAGGAGGAGUCAUUCGGGCCGAUCAUGAUCAUAAGCAAGUUCAGCAGCAAGGACGUGGACGCCGUGAUAAGGCGCGCCAACGCCACCGAGUACGGCCUGGCGUCCGGCGUGUUCACGCGCGACCUGUCGCGCGCGCUCUCCUUCGCCGAGCGCAUCGACGCCGGCACCGUGUUCAUAAACACUUACAACAAGACAGACGUCGCGGCGCCCUUCGGCGGCUUCAAGCAGAGCGGCUUCGGCAAGGACUUGGGUCAAGAAGCCCUGAACGAAUACCUCAAGACGAAAUGCAUUACCAUAGAAUAU